AUGGCCUGGGCGCUGGCGCUCAGGGAGAGUCAGGCUGACCGCCAGGCCGCCCUUCCCGGUCCUCCUCCCAACACGCGAGGGCCCCGGGCCUCUGCUCAGAGCCACCACGGUGCCCAGCGCCUGCGGAAGGACGUCUGGCUGCCCUACCUGGCCAAGACCCUGCAGGGCCCAGGCCCCACUGACCGCCCAGGGCUGUCCACGCGCCCCGUCACCCCGCCCUCCAGCGGGAUCUGGCUGCAAUGGGGGGGUGGCAGGAGGUCUCUGAGCCCCUCCGCCAUCACUGCUGGGCCAGGCUCAGCCCCAUGA